GGCCGGGAUGAACCUCGCGCUGUGAAUGUCUCGCGGGUGGGUCAUGGCCAGCCCCCCGCCCUCCCGGCAGCGGUGCUCAGCUGCGUCCUGAGGGGCUUUGCCUGCUGGCCUCGGUCGGGUGUCCCUGGGGGUGCGGGAUAGCUCACGGUGACAUGAGGCUGGCUCACGGUGACACGGUUACCUCGUGGUGACAAUGGCCCCUGAGAGGCAAACGCCGGAGCCGCUCUGGUAACCCCCGCCGAGCCUGUCCGCCUUUGGUACAGCUGCUUGCAAAGGCCAGCCCUGUCGGUCUCCGAAAUGUACGCACAGACAUUUGUAUGUAUAAAAGCUUCACAAGAGGAUUAUUCUUUAGUGACUGUAAACAAAAAGCUGCUGUUAAUAUGUCUUUAUAGUCUCUGAUAACCCAUUUAGUUCACAGAGUUUUCUAAGCCUUUCUUAAAUUCACCAACAAUAGGUUUUUGUUUUCUACAGCUAUUGAUUUCAGUUUUUCCAGCCUUGACUUGUCUUCCUACGGCAUUCUGGGAUCAGCAAAGUGCAGAAUUAAUUACUGCUGAAUCAUAACAGAGUCUUAUACAACAGCAUGCAAGAUACUUGCAUGAGAAGGAGCAACUUCAGUGAUGCUGAUUCUGCUUCUUGUGUGCAAGUAAUGGAGACUGACUGCAACCCUAUGGAAUUACCCAAUAAUACGGGGUUUGAAGAGGAUUCUGAUUACAGAGACUUCGAAGGAACAGAUGUGAAAGAUAUGAGACUAGAAGCCGAAGCUGUUGUGAAUGAUGUUCUGUUUGCUGUCAGCAACAUGUUUGUCUCAAAAACCCUUCCCUGUGCAGAGGAUGUGGCGUAUAUCAAUGUGGAGACCAGGGAAAGGAACAAAUACUGCCUGGAGCUCACUGAAGCAGGACUCAGGGUAGUAGCUUAUGAUUUUGAUCAGACUGAUGACAGAUUGCAAACUCCGUACCAUGAAACUGUCUACUCCUUAUUGGACUCUCUCAGCCCUGCAUAUCGAGAGGUGUUUGGAAAUGCAUUACUACAAAGACUAGAAGCCUUGAAGAAAGAUAGUCAGUCAUGAUUCACCCAGAAGUGAGCAAGUUGCUUCUUACAACAUUCAAAAAACGUGGUCUCUUUUCAAAGUGUUAUUAUCCAAAACUCCAAGAAAUAUAGAGAGACUGAAUGUUAUAUAUUCAUGUAGUGAUUUUUUUGUUUUUGGUGUGUGCUUACUGAUAAUUUUCAUAUCUACUUUUCAAACUAGAAGCUAAUUACUUGCUCUACCCGAUUAAUUAAAAAUAAUUGGGUAAAUUAGUGUUCUGCUUGAUUUGCUAUACAUAAAUCUGAAUAUUCUCAGCUUUGGUAACAAGAAAGAUGGUUCUUGAACAUUUGGGCAUUGCUUAUAUACUGAUAGUAUCUGAGUUAAAAGCAAGGCUUAGUAUUAUUUGAUCUGUCCUUGCCUAUGGCAACCAGCAAACUCAAAAUAAUAAAUGAAAUGUACUGCUAAUAUAUGAAUGUAUUGUCCAAAUUGCAAAUGAGUUAAGCACAGAAAUAGGAUGUCAUGGAGUACACUUCCUAAAGGUGAUGUAUGAUAUAUAUAUAUAUAUGUACGUAACUGGGAGGCUUGGAAGACAUUUUAGCCUGUUUACUAUUCUAAAUGUGUGUUUACAUGAUGAACAGGAUAUACCCGAGAGUAUUUUUACUUCAGCCUUUACUUUCUAUAAUACAGUACUUUUGGACUCAUAUUUUUCACAUUUUCUCCCUCAAUUGUACAGCAUCCUCUCCUAAUGAAUACUAAGCACUGUAAUGUUAAUUGCAUUGUAUUGGUUUGAAACCAAAGGCUAUACGAAAUUUGCUAAGACUAAUGCAAACUGGAAGAUGUAACUUGUAUUUUCUACUUAAAAACUGGUACAAAUCUCUUUAUAAAUCUAUUGUUCUGCUGUAACUUUUCAAGUAUGUACUGAAUGGUAGACUUCUUAAAAACCAAUUGGUUAGAAAUACCAGUACUGUUGAAUUAACAUUCUGUGACAUUCAUAGUUUUUGUAUUCUUGAUUUAUUCAAUAUUUGUGCAUCUUUAUUUAAAUAAUCCUGCUUUAUCCUGCCAUGCUUUUGUGACAAGUAUAUGCACUAGGUUUUUUGGAGCCCCACUUUGGGAUACCUCGGUUCUCAUGAAGUCACAGAUUCCAGUGACUUUAGUAGAGCUAUGUUGACUUCUACCUGCUAAGGAUUAGUCAUAUUAGUUGGAGAAGCCUAGUAGAGCUUUUGUAAUAGCUUUGGGGUAGUGAUGUACAACCAUGACUGACAAGAUAACUGUACUUAGUGCUUCUGUCUUCCAGAGCUUAAUUUCAUGUUUAUUAUCUUUUUAGUUUGAAACUUCUGAUAUUAAUCGUCUGCCCUAGGGUAUGCUUCCAUGCUCUAAAAAUUGUUCAUAGGCUCUCUUUUGCACACAGGUCUGUGGCAUGUCAUUAGUCCUCUGUGAGGAGAAAAUGUACUUUAACAAAUUUAUAUUUACAACUGAUUUACUUGUUCAAUUUCAGUGACUAAAGCAUUAAAUAAAUGCA